AAAGGAAAAAAACUGUGGGCAUUGAAACUAGGGAUUUUUGGCAUGCUCGGUUGAAUAAAAAAGCUUUUAUUUUGAAUGAGUUGUUUUCAGUUGUAAAUCGACACUGCACGUGGUUAAAAAACACAGAAUGUCUUCAAAAUUACUACGACAAUUAUAAUCUGAUAAGCUUUGUACAGUUGUGGAGAUUAAGGAUAUGGUUCUCUCUUCAUUUCGAAGAUACUUUAGUAUGAGGCACCAAAGCUCCAAUGUUCAGUAUUUAUAUGAUCACUGCAAAACCAUCUUCUCGCCCUCUGGAACACCCGCUCCUUCGUCCCAAGCGUUGCAGAAGCUCUCUUCAAUUCUAGACACUAUUCAACCAGCAGAUGUUGGGCUUAAAGAGGAAACUGCAGAUGACGAUCAAGGGCACGGAUUUUUUGGUGCUAACCAACUUAAUAGAGUAGAUCGAUGGGCUCAACCAAUAACCUAUGUGGACAUUCAUGAAUGUGAUAGUUUUACGAUGUGUAUAUUUUGUUUUCCAACUUCUUCGGUUAUUCCACUCCAUGACCAUCCUGGGAUGACUGUAUUUAGCAAACUUCUCUAUGGCUCUUUACAUGUGAAAGCUUAUGACUGGGUUGAACCUCCUUGCAUCAUGGAAAGCAAGGGACCAGGAUAUGCUCAAGUAAGACUAGCAAAGUUAGCAGUUGACAAAGUUAUGAAUUCACCGUGUGAGACGUCAGUUUUAUAUCCAAAACAUGGUGGAAAUCUGCACUGUUUCACAGCCGUGACCCGUUGUGCUGUGCUAGACAUUCUCACACCUCCUUACAGAGAAGAUGAAGGAAGGAAGUGUACUUACUAUCAUGAUUAUCCAUAUUCAACAUUCUCAGCAGGAAAUACACCUCUAUGUGAUGGCGGGGAGGAGGAAUAUGCUUGGCUUGCAGAGAUAGAAUCACCCAGUGAUCUUUAUAUGCGCCUGGGGGUAUACGCUGGCCCAGCUAUUCUUCAGCCUUAGUUCUGCCUGUGAAGGGUGGAUGAUAUUAAUGCCUGAAAAUAUAUGUAUCCUCUUUUGCUCUUGGAAGCUAGUGACAAGAGGAUCUAAAAUGCUGAUGCAUGGCAUGUUGUGGUUAAUUUAUGCCUCCUUUUACUGGAUGCAAAUUUUGAGCAAAGAUUUUGGUGCAUAAAUAUGCAGUUUAUCGUUAACUUGGGAUGUGAUAGAACACUGUUAAUUAAUUGAUAGGAAAUGUAACAAAACAAAGAAAUACAGCAAUUAAUGUUGUUGUCCCAGAAUUUUAGAAACUCCUACAGAGCAUGAUCUCUGUCCUAAGAGAAGAAAAAUGCAAUUAUAACUGUCUUUUACCCAGAAAUUACACAUUCUAUAACGUAAUUG